CUAGACGGCUACCGGUUUUUAGGAUCCGUAUAUCGAACUCCAACAACGCAAUUUCGAUAGUUGAUUGUUUGACCAGGAAUAGGGUGUACACGUGCAAUACAAUGUCGAAGAAGACUCAAGGAAAGAAUGCUUUCUAUUUCUUUAUGCUUGACUGGAAGAAGCGGGAAGAAGCUGGAGGAAGAGUGUUCCCUGAAGGCUUAAAAGAUGUGCAACGAGAUAUAAAGUGUAGCGAAGAAUGGCAGAAUCUUUCCUCACAAGAAAAAGGUUAUUAUAAUAAAAGAGCAAAAGAUAGUAAGAUUGAGGCUCAAGGAAGUUUAACAAAAAAAACAGCACUUGGAGAGAGUGUAGAGGAGGUUGCAGCAGCUGAUAAACGAGAGCAAGAGUAUCAUCAAAAUAUGCUUCAGUACAUAGAAUCCAUAAUUACCAUGAGUAUUAAACAUAAGAAUUUGGAAAAAUUAAAAUUUAUGGUCAUACAUGUAAAUUGGUUCUUCACAAGAGUAAUUGGAAUCAACAAAUAUGAUUUUUGCCCUGCAGAAUUUGCAGUAGGAGAAUUUAGUUUGGAAAAUGGUAUAGAAAACAUAUAUCAUGAAAUUAUCAAUUCAAAGAUACCAUUAGGAUGGAAAAGAGAUGCAAUUGAAAUAAGCCAGCAGACCCAUAGAAUACCUGUGGAGCUUCCCCAAGGAAAAAACGACUUCUUACUUAUGUAUAACAAAUUGAUUGCACUGCUGAAAAAUAAUCAAACUGGAAACAAAUUGCCCCCAUUGUUUACAUCAAAAGGUUUAGUCCCUGCAGUAAAAUCAUUAUUAACGAAAAUGACUCAUGCAGCUGGAGUAUCUUCGGAUGAUUUUCUAAUCUAUUCAUUGGAAGCACUUUUUGGCUCAUUGAGAAAUACUGCUACACAAAGUGUAGACGAUUGCACCAUACCUUUAGUAGUUGCUGAAAAUGAAUUUGGAAAAGAUACUUUCUUGUCUGUCUGUAAUCUCGAAUGUGAUUUUCAUAAAUGUAUCGAUGGCUCAUCUCAGUACUGCAGUAUGUCUAUAAUAAAAAGAUGGGGUUUCACAAUAUGCGAUUAUUGUUGUGAAUUUCUUGGUGUACCAAUGGUCGAAGGAGUACAUUUCCCUAUUGCUCAAACAAUCGAUUAUGUCUAUCAAGAAGUUGCAGAACAGGAGGGCAUUGAUACUCAGCUGCAACUCAUAAGUCUCAGUGAUCAGUCAGAAGUGAUCGAAUGGAAUGGAGUGACUGAAGAACAUAGAAGAAAAGUGUCUGAACGAAGUUAUGCAGAAGAAUUACGACGACGUAAUGAGAGCAAGCGAGUAGAUGUCAUUGAUCACAGCAAACUCAAUGCACCAUCAAACAAUGCAAUUUUAACUGGUCGACCAUUACGCCUUCCUAAAACAACAUCAUUAGCUAUGAAUGAAAUAAAGGAAAAUAUUAAUUAUUUAAAUGUAACUGAUUUCCCGCCAUUAGAAGGAGAAGCUAAAACACCAAAGAAAGACGUAAAGAAUGUCAAGCUUCCACUGGGAAGAGGACGUUGUCGUACCUAAGUGUACAAAACAUGUGGAAUAUUUACAACGUUGUUUACCAUUUAUUCAGUAUUACUGUGUUUUGAUAUUUUUUAUCAUUUUUUGUGAAAAUUGGUUAUUACAUUUGACUUACAUAAGAUGAUGUAUGUACAAAGGUUUAUUUUAUAAAAGAUAUAUUACAUACAUAUAUUACGAAAUACUU